CGCGGAAGUGCCGGCCGCGGGGGUGGUAGUAAGGCCGGGAGCCGUUAGCGUUUGCCUGCCGGGGGGCGGGGGCGGCCCUACCCUGGCCCGAGGGGGGCCCUGCGCCCUGCCGGUCAGGGAUCGCUGUGAUGGGUAGUGGAGGUGGGAUUAUGCUGUGGAGUUCCGGAAUUACGCUGUGAGGCCUUGACGGCAGGGAUCGCGGGUGGGGCAGUCAGUAGCCCGUCGCUCUGCCUGUGUCUCCGCUCUGCAGAAACUGCUCGAAUCAAAACAAACCUGUUCAGCUAGAGCAGCGCGUCGGGGACGGGAGGCACCUCGUUAUUUCCAAUUGAUUCUCAUGUCAACAGAAAGUUCAACUAUCACAGUUCGUCUUGUUCGCUCUUUUGAGCACCGGAAUUUCAAGCCAGUGGUGUAUCAUGGAGUUAACUUGGAUCAGACAGUAAAGCAGUUCAUUACUUUUGUGCAGAAGGAUGUGCCUUCAAGAACAGGACUUCCUCCUCCUUUUAAAAAUUACAAGUAUGAUACAAUGAAGAUUAUUCACCAAGCACAUAAGUCUAAGACCAAUGAACUUGUAGUGAGUUUAGAAGAUGAUGACAAACUCAUUUUGAAAGAAGAAAGCACGCUGAAAGCAGCUGGAGUAGCAAAUGAAACCGAAUUAGCAUUCUUCUGUGAGGAAGAUUACAGAAACUACAAAGCUAAUCCUGUGUCGGCCUGGUGAAGAUCCCAAAAGAUUGUUUUGUUUUCCCGUAUCUGUUGUAAAUUCUCCUUAUUCUGCGUAAUGAGUGUUUUUUUUUUUUUUAAGAUCAAUAAAUCCUAGAGGAUUGCUUUACAAA